AUGAGGAGUCGAGAAGACUACUUCCGGUUUCUGGACCUGCCAGCAGAGCUGCGUAACCGCGUAUACGACCUCGCCGCCAAGACUCAAGCCGACCUACCGCGCUGCGUACUCCCAUGUCUUGCACUUGCGCAGGCCUGCCAACAACUCCGUAUCGGGUAUCGCCCCAUCUGCAUCAAGCGAGAGAUCAUCAUCGAUUGGGAGAAGGUUCCCGGCUAUAUGCGCACUUUUUUCCCUACAGUCAACGGCAAGAUCGAAAACAUUGAACUCAUACCAACGAGCAUGACAAUAGUAACGCCUUGGCGUGGAGAGCCAGGUGAAAGUGGACUUCAGCUCGACAUACUUCCAAUGAUCAAAAUUGGGCUGUAUCAACCUGGUUUUACCUGUGAAUUCAUUCACGAUGCUGAAAGCUUGGAAAAGAUGAAAGUUCCUCCUUUCAAUCCCGAAGACCCUCAUUUCGGGGACCUCAGGGAUAUUGCAAAAUUUCUCCAUGAAGAUACUGCGCCACUGAGGAUUGUUAUGAAUCAUCGUGGUGAGGAGUGGACAUCGGAUAUCGAAACCGGCAGGAUCACUAAGAUCUUAUUGUGUGAUAUCGGUGUGCUUGAAGAGCCAAAAGCCUUGUUUUAUGUCAAAAGUGGCGGUCUGAGUCUGAGGGAUGAGUCGGGUGAUGUGGAAGAACAGGAGAGGAAUAUAGAGCAUGCUUACUUCGAGAUGGUAGGGCUUCUCGACAUCUAUCCGGGCGAGUUCAUUACUUUUCCUGGCUUGAGGCUCGUUGAACAAUCGUAUUGA